AUGAGCUUGGCACAGGCAAUCUGCCGUAUGCUCACGCAGAGCAGCCUCAAGCGCCUGGACGUCUCGGGCAAUGGAAUCGGAGAUGAGGGAAGUGACGCGGCCAUUGCCAAGUGCGUUGAGAGCAAGUCCGACUUUGAGAACCUCGGCCUAGAGUUCAACGACAUCACCGACCAUGGUGUCGAGGCGAAGUGA